CGGCCUCGUUAUGCAAAAUGAUUAUCCGAAUUGUGAACGUUUAAAUUUUAAUGUUAUAUUCGUAUUCCUGUAACACCUAAAACCUUAUCGAUUUCGUACUUGAAUGGGGCCAUUCCACUUUAUCAUCCAACAAGUAUAACUGCCAGCUGAUUCAGCUCCGCUGCGUUUCGUAUUAAUAAAAAAUUACCUAAACUAAUUUAAAAAUAUUUUAACAAUAUCUAUAUCAAAAGCAGAUCCUCAACUUUUUCGCUCGCUUAAACAAAAAGCUGAAUCACGUCCAUGAACAACGCUACUGGCAACAACCAAAUAUGGCCUUGAUUCCAUUUCCAAAUCUCCUUCAAUUCUCUGUUCAAUAUCCGUCUACUUCAGUUCGCCUUCAUUACCUUUUCUUCGGCUCGCCGUGGCCUUAUUCUCAGCAGCUUUCUCCGAAGAUAAGAAAUGUACAUGUUCCGCUGGUUCCGAUCGCUGAGAAGGUUUCGACGAAGGUCAGAUGUUUGACCAAAUCGACGGAGGAGAAUUGGUGGACUGAGCCAGAGACUGUUGCUGCUGAUAACGUGGAUGGAGUGAGAGAAGAUGCUGAGAUACCGCAGUCCCCGCAGAAGAUUGUUGCCUCGGCUGGUGAUUCUUUGUCGCUUGGAAUUCGUGAGCCGGUUUAUGAGGUGGUAGAAGUGAAGGUAAAUGGGAUAGUGUCUACAAAGAAGAUAAAUAGACGGCAAUUGUUGAAAUCCGGUGGUCUUCGCCCAAGGGAUAUACGGAGUGUUGAUCCAUCACUUUUUUUGACAAACUCUAUGCCCUCUUUGCUAGUACGUGAACGUGCCAUUCAUCUAAAUUUGGGUUCAUUACGGGCAAUAGCAAUGCAAGAGCAUGUCCUCAUAUUUGACUAUAACUGUGAAGGAGGGAAAGCUUAUAUAGACACAUUGUUACCUCGAUUGAAUCCCAGAAACAUGAAUGGUGGUCCAUGCAUGCCGUUUAUGAUUGAAGCCAUUGAAGCAGCAUUACUCUCACAUGUACAGAGUUUGGAGCAAAGACUGAUGAAAAUAGAACCUCGUGUUCAAGCUCUGCUUGAGGUUUUGCCCAACCGAUUAACUGCUCACAUAUUGGAGCAACUGCGUAUCAGCAAGCAAACGUUGGUGGAAUUGAGUUCAAGGGCAGGGGCUCUUAGACAAAUGCUCCUUGAUCUGUUGGAGGACUCUCAUGAAAUACGCCACAUAUGUAUAAUGGGAAGAAACUUCACACUUUCAAAGGGAAUUGAGGAUUUGGAAUGCUCAGUUCCCCUUGAAAAGCAGGUUGCUGAGGAAGAGGAGGAAGAAAUUGAGAUGCUUUUGGAAAAUAACCUUCAGAGAUGUGAAUCUUGUCUUGGGCAGUCAGAAAGGCUUCUUGAUUCUGCAAAAGAAAUGGAAGAUUCUAUUGCUGUCAAUCUAAGCUCUCGGAGGCUCGAGGUUAGCAGAGUAGAAUUACUUCUGCAGGUUGGGACAUUUUGUUUGGCAGUUGGUGCUCUCGUUGCAGGCAUAUUUGGCAUGAACUUGAAGUCCUACCUCGAAAAAAAUGUGGUGAUAAAAAUGUUGAAGAACUCUUUGAUUGGAUUGUACUUUACUACUGAGGUCCAUACAGUCCUGUUGUCAAAUAAAUUAGAUUUGGUUGGUAUCAAUGGGGUGUAUGCAGCAGCACAUCAAUUGCCUGACAAGAUUGCGACAGUGGCAGCUGUCAAAACCAAUUGACUGAAUCCGCAUUGACACCUCUGUAGGCCGCACAAGGAAAGGAACAAAAUUUGAUCAAUGACCGAAAUGUCUGAGCAUUACAAUUUACAACCAUCCAACAAUAUUUUUUCCCCAAAUACAUUUAUCUUCUGGGAGAAUAGCAUUAUAACUAUGAUGUUUUGUUACUGUUAGGGUAACACAUUGAAGAUACAAGGACCAUCAGAAAGAAGUUAGGCAGGAAUUGGUAUUACAUAUCCUAAAUUUUUCUUGUUAGAAUAAAGACAACACAGGUCUGAAACAAAUUUCCUAAGAAA